AUGGCGACGGCGACGGCUCAAACGGAGCCUUCGGGCCUAGAGAAUAUUUCUACGUUAUUGGAGAACCUCACCAGCUGUUUGUCGAGCACCGGGUCUUCUCUUCCCCAAGCAACACGAGAAUCACCAACCGACGUCUCCAUCGAACCUCCUCACGAUGGUAUAUCACUCCUUGAUACCAAAAGUGACCUGUUGUUAUCUUACCUACACAACCUUGUUUUCCUUAUCAUUUUCCAGUUGAGAGAGGUAUCCUCUUCGGAGUCGAAAGCAGAAGAGAAUGGCAGUGCGCAUAAUAGAAACUCGUCACUUCGCGAAGAAAUCGUUAAAAAACUUACCGAGCUCCGCGUGUAUCUGGACCGAGGUGUUCGGCCUCUGGAGGGCCGACUGAAGUACCAGGUUGACAAAGUCAUCAAGGCUGCAGAGGACGCCGACAGAGCCGAACGCGGCGCCCAGGCCACUACAAAGAGCAAGACAAAGAGCAAGACAAAGAAGGCGAAAUCUGGUAGCGACGACGAAUCCGGCUCGGAACACAGCUCCGGCGACAGUGAAGGAGAAGAUGAAGAGGAGGAGGACAUUGAUGAGAUGGCUUACCGGCCGAAUAUUUUUGCCUUCUCGAAGGGAGUAAAGUCGGAGGCUCAGACAGAAGAGAAGGCAGACAAGAGAGUUUCAGGCGACGGUAUCUAUCGGCCUCCGAGAAUCAUGCCAACUGCGCUUCCCACAAGCGAACGCAAAGAGCAGAGGGACCGCCGUCCUCGCAGAUCAAAUGUCAUUGACGAGUUUGUCAGCGCUGAAAUGUCGGCCGCCCCCAUGGCCGAGCCCAGCAUCGGUAGCACGAUUGUCCAAGGAGGAAGGCAUUCGAAGACCAGGAAGGAAAGAGAGCAUGAGGCCGAACGUACUACAUAUGAAGAAACCAACUUCGUGCGAUUGGCCAAGGAGAGCAAGAAGGAGAGAGCCAAGCGACGCGGGCAGGGCAAGGAGAGCACUUUCGGCGGUGAAGAAUGGAGAGGUCUUACCGAGGGUGCAGACCGGAUCGCAAAGCUCACGCGCAGGGCCAAAGGAAGCGGCAGCGCACUGGAGAAGAGUCGGAAGCGAAAACUUAAUGACGAUGGACCACGCAGUGAUGGCGUGGCAGUGGGUCAGAUCUUUGAGAAGCGUCGGAAGAAGGUUGAUAGCUGGAAACGGGCUUAG